CGCGGGCGGCGGUCAGUCUCGGCCCGAGUGCGGCACCAGGCACGUGCGUCAGCGAGGAAAAUGUCCGCGAACGGGUCGGCGGCGACCGAGCCGCGACUGUGUCACGUGCGGAAAACCCCAGACUUCGACGGCUAUGGGUUCAAUUUGCACGCGGAAAAGGGUAAACCCGGACAAUAUAUCGGCAAGGUCGACGAAGGAUCACCUGCGGAAGCGGCGGGCCUGCGCCGCGGGGACCGCAUCCUCGAAGUAAACGGCCACAGCAUCGCCGGCGAGACGCACAAACAAGUCGUGUCGCGAAUCAAAGAGCGCCCUGAAGAUGCGGAGCUGUUGGUGGUGGCGCUGGCGCCGGGAGAGGUGAUGCCGGACUUGGACGUGCCCGCGGCGGCGCACGCGCAGCCCGACCGGUCGCCGCUGCCGACCCGCGACAGCCCGCCGCCCGCCGAACCACCGCGACUCAACCUCCAGAUGACGGCGGCGGAGAUGCGCGCGCAUCUCGCCGCUAAAAAGAAGAUCGACCCUAAAAAAGUGCCCAUGGACCUUAAGUCCAAGUUUGACAUCGUCAAGAAACUCUGAGAGUUUGCUGCCGCGUGUGAAUAGUACCUGUGAGUGUAGCGGUCGCGUGCCGUUGUUGUUGUUCAAAGAUGUGCAUCUGUGUAUAAUGGGCGGACUGGCCCGGAUGGUGUUAUUAUCGGCUGCCGUGAAGGCUGUGCGCCCCCGCAUCCCCCGCCCCUCGCCGCGGCACACGAGCGUUGUUGCCAACUCUCGCGCCACGACACCGAUCGGUUCUCACACGAUUUAUCGCAUAAGUACACAAAAUGGAACAAUGACAUCGAUAGCGCAGGCGCGGGUGCGACCGAGCGCGACGUGCCGUGUGGCUCGUGUGAGUCGCCUCUAAUGUAAUUUGAUUAGAAUGACAUAAGUCGUCCACGUGUAAUUGACAAUUCUGCGAAGCAACAAAUUUUUUGAUUUACAUCUUCUGCACAUAGCUUUUUUGUCAAAUAGUGUUCCUGUGACGCUCUAAAACUUCUAUUUCUUACUCAAAAAACUAUGUUUAAAUUAACUAAUGUUUGACAGCUGUCAUUCUUAUCACCUAAAUUGGACGGACCGUGUCGGCGUUCAGUAAGCAAUGCGCGGCCAUUUUAUUGUUUAAAAAUUAUGCCUCUUUUAUGAUUGCCAUUGAGAACUGUACAUACCUAGGUACCUUACUAUUGAGUUUAUUGAAUAGUAUGUAUAUUUAUUGUAUGUAAAAUGCAAUUGUUUGAGUUUUAAUUAAUUGUGAUUAUCUAAAUGUGUAGUUUAGAGUAACAUUUUUUAAGUGCAAUUUUGUUGGAUUUGAAUUAAAUAUGAUGUAUGUAACUA